AUGGAUUGGCGCAACCAAACAUCCGUUCAACAAGAACGUUUAACGCCGAUCAUUGCAUAUGGAGAAAUAACCAACAGGACUCUCGUCAAUGGACCAAAUACUGCUUCACUCGCUCAGCCGGCAAGGUCCACAAGCAUGCACGAAGUCCCCAAUCCAACUGCCUCCAACUCUAACAAUCCGGUCUCAGCAGUUCCAACACCUAUCCCACCUCUACCCAAAACCCUAUUACACUCCCUACGACCGAAAAGUUCCUACAAACGCUCUAGAGGAGGAGUAUUGUGGGACACAUCAUCAAUGACCAAAUAG